AUGCCGGGCACCUUUGGACUCACAGGCCGUGGAUCCAACGUCCGUUCUCGCGGCACCUUUCGCAAACGAGGAGGCGGUCCACGCUCCGGCUCAUUCAAGAGCGCCACAGAAAAGGCCAUCGCCAAUGCGGCCGCACAGCUCGUCAAAGGCAUCGAAGAUGGCUCCGCCGUCGAGGAACGUUUCCAAGAAGUCAAGGAGCGCGACGAGAUUGACGAGAAACUCGGCUUCCACCGUCUAGAGCAAGGCGCCACAAAGCAAGCAUGGCUCGUCAACAUGCACCCCACCCUCCUCCGCGACCCAGAUCACCCAACAGGGAAGAGCGGUGUCGACUUCUACUUCAUCGAUGACGACGCCAGUAUGUUCAAGGCCACCGUCCUAUACCAACCAUACUUCCUCGUCGGAUGCAGACCAGGCUCUGAGAGCUCGGUGGAAGAAUGGCUCCGACGCAGAUUCGAAGGCCUCAUCCAAUCCAUACAGCGAGACCGCAAGGAGGACCUCAAGCUGCCAAAUCACCUGCUCGGCCAUCAACGACUCUACCUCCGACUCACCUUUCUCAACGUCCAAGACCUUCUCUCGGUCCGAAAGGAGCUCCUCCCCAUCGCGAAAGCAGCGCAAAAGAAGCUCUCGGCGGUAGACACGUACGCCGACGUGCUCAGCGCAGCCUCGGCAGCAGCAGCGAGUGCCUCCGUCGAGAUCGAAAUGGACAAUAACGGCGAGUCCUCUGGUCUGGUCGGCGACGACGGCUGGACAGGCGGACGAAAGCGAGCCGCCGCCAGCGCUCUUGACCCUGCCGAGUGCCUUGUCGACAUCCGCGAAUACGACAUCCCCUACUACCUUCGUGUCGCCAUCGAUCAGGACGUCCGUGUCGGUCUCUGGUACGAUGUCAGCUUCAUAGACGGCGUUGUCAGCCUCCAGAUGGUCUCGGAGCGUGUCAAGCGUGCCGAUCCGGUCGUCAUGGCUUUCGAUAUCGAGACCACCAAACAGCCACUCAAGUUCCCCGACGCCGAGACCGACGCCAUCAUGAUGAUCUCGUACAUGAUUGAUGGUCAAGGUUUCCUCAUCACCAACCGCGAGAUCGUCUCGGAAGAUAUUGAAGAUUUCGAAUAUACCCCCAAGGACGAGUACGAAGGUCCUUUCAUCAUCUUCAACGAAGCCGACGAGCUCGGCGUGCUGGAUCGCUUCUUCAGCCAUUUCCGCGAGGCGAGACCCACCGUCGUAGCGACGUACAACGGUGACUCGUUCGAUUUCCCCUUCAUCGACGCGCGUGCCCAAGCCCACGGCCUCAACAUGAUGAGCGAGAUCGGUUUCGCCAAGGACUCGGACAACGAGUACAAGUCGCGAGCGACGGCGCAUCUCGACUGCUUCCGAUGGGUGCAGCGUGAUUCGUACCUGCCUCAGGGCUCUCAAGGUCUCAAGGCCGUCACCGUCGCCAAGCUCGGCUACGACCCCAUGGAGCUCGACCCGGAACUCAUGACUCCGUACGCCAUCGAACAGCCUCAGACACUAGCACAAUACUCGGUAUCCGACGCCGUCGCCACCUACUACCUCUACAUGAAGUACGUUCACCCCUUCAUCUUUUCGCUCUGCAACAUCAUUCCCCUCAACCCGGAUGAGGUGCUCCGAAAAGGCUCCGGUACCUUGUGCGAAACGCUUCUCAUGGUGCAGGCAUUCAAAGGCAACAUCAUCAUGCCCAACCGUCACGAGGAUCCCGUCGGCAACACGUACAAAGGUCAUCUCCUCGAAUCCGAGACCUACGUCGGAGGACACGUCGAAGCCUUGGAAGCGGGUGUUUUCCGCUCCGACAUCGAGACCGACUUCCGCGUCGACCCUGCCGCGAUACAGCAGCUCAUUGACGAUCUCGACGCAGCCUUGCAAUUCAGCAUCCGAGAGGAGGGCAAGAUUGCGCUCGACGACAUCGAGAACUACGACGAGGUCAAGGCCGAGAUCCGCACGAUGCUCGAAGUCAUGCGCGAUCAACCGAUCCGCAAGGACCGCCCGCUCAUCUACCACCUGGACGUCGCUGCCAUGUACCCCAACAUCAUGCUUAGCUACCGGCUUCAGCCGGAUUCCAUGGUGAGCGAGGCCAUGUGCGCCACCUGCGACUACAACCGCCCAGGCAUGAAGUGCGACAAACGCAUGGACUGGGCCUGGCGAGGCGAGUACUUCCCUGCAAAGCGCGACGAGGUCAACAUGAUCCGCAACGCCCUCGCAAACGAGACCUUUCCGCCCAAAUUCGCCAACCAGUCCCGUCGCACCUACGACGACCUCGAGCAGAACGAGAGGACUGCUCUGCUUCACAAGCGUCUCGGCGACUACUCUCGAAAGGUCUACAGGAAGACGCACGAAUCCAAGACCGUCAUUCGCGAAGCCGUCAUCUGCCAGCGCGAGAACCCUUUCUACAUCAACACGGUGCGCGAUUUCCGUGACCGCCGAUACGAGUACAAGGGUCUCCACAAGACAUGGAAGAAGAACCUCGACAAAGCCGAUUCGCUGAACGACACCAUGGAAGCCAAGAAGAUGAUCGUGCUCUACGACUCGCUCCAGCUCGCGCACAAGUGUAUCUUGAACUCUUUCUACGGCUAUGUGAUGCGAAAAGGUGCACGUUGGUACUCGAUGGAGAUGGCCGGCAUCACCUGUCUCACGGGCGCCUCCAUCAUUCAGAUGGCCAAGGAGCUGGUCGAACGCAUCGGCCGUCCUCUGGAACUCGACACCGACGGAAUCUGGUGCAUGCUUCCCGGCGUCUUCCCUGAAGACUUCACGUUCAAGGUCAAGGGCGGCAAGAAGUUUGGCAUCUCGUACCCUUGCACGAUGCUCAACCACCUCGUACACGAAAAAUUCACCAACCACCAGUACCACGAACUGGUGGACAAGGAGACGGGACGAUACGAGGUGCGCAGCGAGAACUCGAUCUUCUUCGAACUCGACGGUCCGUACAAGGCCAUGAUUCUGCCCUCGUCCAAGGAGGAGGACAAGUUGCUCAAGAAGCGUUACGCCGUCUUCAACCCAGAUGGCUCGCUAGCCGAACUCAAGGGCUUCGAGGUCAAGCGCAGAGGAGAGUUGCAGCUCAUCAAGGAUUUCCAAAAGCAGAUCUUCGAAAAGUUCUUGCUGGGCACGACCCUCGACGAGUGCUAUGCUGCUGUCGCCAAGGUCGCCAAUCAGUGGCUCGACGUGCUUUACAGCAAGGGUUCGACCUUGCACGACGAGGAGCUCAUCGACUUGAUCGCCGAGAACAAGUCCAUGUCCAAGACGUUGCAGGAGUACGGCAGUCAAAAGUCGACGGCCAUCACCACCGCCAAGCGUCUGGCCGAGUUCCUGGGUGCUCAGAUGAUCAAGGACAAAGGAUUGGCGUGUAAGUUCAUCAUCAGCGCCAAGCCGUUCGGUGCGCCCGUCACAGAGCGUGCCGUGCCUGUCGCGCUCUUCAAUGCCGAGCCAUCCGUCAAGCAGCACUACCUCAAGAAGUUCUUGCGCGACAACUCGAUCACCGACUUUGACAUUCGCAACAUCCUCGACUGGAACUACUACAUCGAGCGCUUUGGCGGUGUCAUCCAGAAGCUCAUCACGAUUCCGGCGGCGAUGCAGAAGGUGUCCAAUCCUGUGCCAAGGGUGCGUCACCCCGACUGGCUUUUCAAGCGAGUGGCCGCACGCGAGGACAAGUUCAAGCAGAGGAAGCUUACGGACGUCUUCCACCCAGCUGCCAAGGCCACUUCAAUCGAGGCGAGCACAACCUCGAAAGCGGUGGCAGUGGCGACGGUGGCCAAGAUCACAGAGAUCGAGCCGGAAGUGGAAGAGGUGGCACCGGACAUGACCGUCGACUACGCCGGAUGGGUCGCGGUCAUGAAGAAGAAGUGGCGACGACAGCGACUGCAGAGGGCCAAAGAGCGCAAAGCCAGAGCCAACGGUGGCAGUGCGUUCGGCUCGUCAAGCUUCGGCAAGAGCGGCGUUGGCUCGCUCUUCUCGAAGCGAUCUGCCAACAUGGCAGAUGCUGUCUGGGACAUCGUGCAGAUCUCGCCCUCAUCGCGCGCAGGAGAGUAUCGAUUGUGGAUCUCGAUCGACCAGCACCUUCAAUCGCUCAAGCUCAAGGUGCCGCGUCAGUUCUACGUCAACUUCAAGAGCCACCCCGGCAAUGCUGUCUUCCUGUCUGGCAUCUACCAGGCCGAGAGGCUCGUCAAGACGCUGCCACGCGACACGCCCUGCCGCCACCUGUACCGCAUCACCGUCGACGAAGACGUCUACCAGGAGCAAGAGGCGCACUUCAGCAACCUCAUCCACCACCCCAACGUCGAAGGUGUCUACGAAAAGCAAUUACCGCUCGAUGUGCGAGCGCUCAUUCAGCUCGGCUCCACCUGCGUGUACGGCCGCAACUCGCAGGCGCAGAAGCUCAACCGAGCGCUCGACACCGGCUUCCGCCUGCAGGAUCUGUCUGCGCCCACCUCGGUCGACAUCUCGCCCAACCACAAGUAUCUGUCUGGAGGCGCCGGCUUCCGCUACUUUUACCUCUACCACGCCAACCGGGAUGGUCGCCACGUUCUGAGUCUCUUCAGUCCCGAGGGCGAGGUCAAGGUGCACAUCGUCGACAGCGCCGGUCUGCGGCAGGUGCCCAAUCUCGAAACCAUGUACGCGGACCGUGUUGCUCACAUGCGCAAACGUGGCAAGCUGCCCGAGGGAAGCGGAGUCUUCGAGUACAGCGACACGAUGCGUGUGGACACUCGCGUACACACUUCAGCGUCUCGUGCCUUCAAGGCGCUCGCUAAGGACCUUGCUACGCUCAAAGCUGUCAAGCAGGGCUCGGCCAUGUUGGCACUGUGCACUUCGAAGGACCAGGCGUACUACGAGUCGCGCAUGCCUAGCAUCGCCGAGUUCCCCAUCGUCAAGAUCGCCGCAGCCGCGCUCGAAGACGAGCUGCCGGCGCUCGGUUGGCAGCUCUACUCGGCACGCAGAAUGUUCCAGUGCUACCUACGAGCCUCGAGCUGGAUCCGAGGCUGGAUCGAUCUCGCGAGCCACUUCGACCUGCCGCUCGGCAACAUGGAGAAGGACUUUACCAUCUUUGGCGCCGACAUUGACUUUGCGCGACGUCUGGUCAAGCAGGACAUGGUGCUGUGGUGGUCGCCGCAUCCGCAGCCGGAUCUGGGUGGAAGGGAGCAGGACAUCCACGCGCAGUCGCGCUGGGACGAGCAGGAGUCGCUCGAGAUCAGUCACGCGGGUGCCUAUUCGACGGUCUGCCUCGAGGUGGGACUGGUGGAUCUGGCGGUCGACUCGGUGCUCCAGUCGGGCACAGUCAACGAGAUGGAGGGCAGCACAUCGGGCCUCGCCUUUGCAGGUGCCACCCACAAUCUGGACGAAUACUCCAAGGGAACCGUGGAGAGCUCGACGAUCCUCGGCGACUCGGUGCUCACCUCGGCCGUCUUUGCCGCGGUCAAGGGCAUGGUCAAGGCGUGGUACACGACCAAGCGACGCAGCCGCUCGCCAUACGCCGCUCUGCUGUCGGACAACUUUUGGCGCUGGGCGUCGUCGGAUGGUUCGGCGCUGUUCGAGCCGGCACUGCAGCGAUUCCUGUUCGGGCUAAUGAAGAAGACGCUCCUCCAGCUGCUCGCCGAGUUCAAGCGGUUGGGAGCCUCGAUCGUCUACGCCUCGUUCAAUCGGCUGUUCUUGCUCACGAGCAAGCCUACGGCGGCCAAUGCGAUGGCCUACUCGCGCUAUCUGCUUUCGGCGGUGACGAGUCGCGAGCUGUUCAAGCACGUGCAGCUGGACAUCAUCCACUACUGGGAGUACCUGCUCUGGAUGGACACGGCCAAUUUUGGCGGUGUCAUCGCCGAUGCCGAGUCGCUGGUCGCACCGAGGGAGGACCAGGAGGAGGAGCGAGAUAGGCAGAUUGCAACAGCGACCUUCAACGUCGAGAUGAAUUGGAACAUCCAAACUUUCCUGCCUCUGGCGGUUCAGGAGAAGUUCUCGGUUGCGGUCGGAUCGUUCAUCUACAGCCUGUACGAGUUCAAGCGUCGUGCGGCGCUGGCUGGGGAGCACGAGCGCACGCCGCUCCGCGCUGUGCUGGAGCCUAACACGCCAGCCAACCAGGUCACCCCUCAUGGCGAGGCUGGCGGCAAGGAUCAAGAAGCUGCACCCGGCGCAACCGUGGGUACGGCCGCCAAGUUCACCACGGACCUCGUCAACCACACCAUGACGCGCAAACUGCUCAAACAACUCUCGGAGCUCAAGUCGGCGAUGCAGAUCUCUUCGGACGAGAUCAACGCGGCAGUGGCGCGGGAGGAGGACGAGGCGUACGUCGACAUGCUCACGGUGGAGCAUCGGCGGAUGUGGUCCUUCCCCGCACUCCCUGGCUCCUGGCUCGCUCUGUCCAAUCCCUUGCUCGAGUUCAUCAAGACCACCACGGCGGUUCUCGCGCUAUCGAAAGAAAGCGCGAUUGAGGUGCAGAUCAUGAAGCGCAACCUGCUCGACAUGAUCAACGUGCGCGAGUUUUCCACCGAAGCGGAGUUCCGUAAUCCGUGCGAGCCGUUCAAGCUCCCGCUGGUGAUCUGCACGUUCUGCAACGACGAUCGAACGCUCGAUCUGUGUCGCGAUGCGGAUCUGAUGCCCACGACGGCAGGCGAGGCGCCCAAAUGGAAGUGUGCCAAAUGCGCUUUCCCCUACAACAUCGCCCAUUUGGAGAUGCGUCUCAUCAACAUCGCCACUAGCUACCUCGAAAGCUUCCAUCUGCAGGAUCUAAGGUGCAACAAAUGCGGCAGUUUGAAGCAGACCAAUCUCCAACCGCACUGCGAGUGCAGUGGCAGUUUUGGAUUGAUGGUGACCAGGAAGGAGACGUUGAAGAAGCUCAAGAGCUUAGCGACGAUCGCCGAGUUCCAUGGGUUGGAGACGGUCCAGGCUGCCGUGGAGGGGGUGGUUGCGCUGGUGUAA